AUGCCUUACAUAGCAAAUUUAGCGAAUUUUAAAGAUAUCGAAAUGGGACCAUCGACAUUCGAAAGAGAAUCAUUUGUACCCGUUUGUACCUCUCUUAUUUUCGUUUGUGCCUCAAAGGGUUCGGAAAUACAGCGAUUUCAAAAUUUCAUAAAUGCGUCAAGAGGAUACAUAGCUAUCGAUGAUAAUCCAAGCAAGGAUCUCGAGCGAAAUCUUUCGGUUUCGCCAAUUAGGACUCUUCUCUCUCAGAAAGCGCCAGAGGAGAAUCCGAAGGACAUGAAAGACGAGAUCAGUAUGAAGAAACGAAGGCUCGGGUUAAGCCAGGAUUUGCGGCUUACACUGAUGGUGUUUACCACUACUACGGGAGAUUUAGCAGUUUCUGCGGCAGACCGGCCCUGGACUGCGUCAUACCCCUCUGGGCCAGGUAGAAGUAGAGGUAUGCUACUUUGCGGAAGCACGACAGACGCCAUGCCGCUUUUCCGUCGCUUCGCCAAACUGUUGAUAAAGGAAGAUUAUCAUUACGGCAGUGUAUUGCCACAAGACUUCACGUCAAAACCUCCUAUCGGAGGACAGCGCAAGACUUCACGCCAAGACUUUCUAUCGGAGGACAGCGCAAGACGAUCAUUAUACGCGAACAGCGCUGUUCAUCGGGUAGAGAACAGCUGGUGGCCGAGCAACCAGAACGAAGGGAGUCACGCGAUAAGGGAGCGUGAUAACAACGGCGCGGUGGCGGGUGAACUGGUUUCUCGUAUUGCGGGCUGCCUGAAUAUGGCGGGUUACCUGAAAGCGGCGGGCGCAACCUGCGCCUCGACCGGAAACCCUCAUCAAUACCAUCCACACGGUCAUCCGAUGGGAGUUGGCACCCAUCCGCAUCCUCACUCACAUCCGCAUCCCGGUGCACAUCCCGGUUUGCCGUCGCAUUUCGCCCUCACUCCACACGCUCAUACGCAUCAUGCGCUCGAGCAUGGAUUGGCAGCCGCAUUCCCACAAGGAAUGAAUCAACGCAAGCAACGUCGCGAGAGGACAACCUUCACCAGAGCUCAGCUGGAUGUGUUGGAGGGACUAUUCUCGAAAACGAGAUAUCCGGACAUCUUUAUGCGAGAGGAGGUUGCCCUUAAGAUCAACCUGCCAGAGUCGCGAGUCCAGGUUUGGUUCAAGAAUCGUCGAGCCAAAUGCAGACAACAAUUACAACAACAUCAACAACAGCAGCAGCAGCAGCAACAGCAACAGCAGACCCCUCCAUCGAAGGGUUCACCCAGAUCAAAUCAGAAUCACAGCAACAGCAGCACCGGAAGCAGGAUAUCGACGAGCUCGUCGACGACACCUAGUAGGCGAUCUUCUCCAGAUUCACCGGUGCAAGGUAGGGACGCACCAGUAGCAGGAAACUCACCUUUGUCGACCCCGCUCCUGUCGACUCAAUCGACGUAUCCUCGAAAUGUUGGAACGACGCCAACCGGUGGCAGCGGGGCCAACAGCAAUCUAACGACCCCGUCGCCGCCGCUGACACCGAGCUCCAACCAACUGCAGCCAUCGUCCUAUCCAAGUGCGAUGAAUCAAAUUCAUCAUGGUGAGACUUACAGCUUCGGUUGGAGCUCGGCAGGGUCCGCUUCUGUGAACCACAGCCAAUACGCCGGUCAAGGUUACAAUGCUUACGCUCAAACCUCGAGCGUAUACGGUGGCGAUUAUUAUCAGGCUCAGAUCCCCCACAUGCACCAUAGCCCGCAGACUAACUAUCAUCAUCCGCAAUAUCAUCCUAAUAUGACGCUCACCCCGUCCAUGUCACAUCUGACUAGUCAUCACCUGAAUCCAGUGACUAGUCAGACGCAAGCUACUAGCAACGAUAUAGCGGCUGCUGCUGCCGUCGCUGCUGCUGCCGCCGCGUCGGGUGAUGAUGCCGGUUACGUGCUGCCUGAUCAGAAAUAUCCGCCAUUAGUAUAG